AUGAGUUCCCAACUGCUCACUUUCCAACCCUUCAAAGGGGUCUAUAUCCUGCUGCUCCUGCUUACCCCAAUCCCUUACCUCGCGUGCCUAUCCCUCCUCUACGUCUCUAGACCCCUUCGCCCUCUGCCAGGGUGGCCUCACAAGCUAUGCAUGAGAGUCGCAAUCAUUCGUGUCUUCACCCGAGGGGUGGCGACAAUCAAAUAUCAGCGGGCGCCACUGCUCACGCCAGGAAAGGCUAAAGAGAGAUUCGCAUUGGUCGAACCACCAGUGAAUGGCUUCUCCGGCGUCUUGGUAUCCUCCACGGUGAAGCCAGCCCCUGUUGGGGUGCUAUGGCAUCCUGGUAUCUUCCAAGCAGACAGGAGAGACUUGACUGGCAAGAGAGUUGUCCUUCAAUUCACAGGAGGCGCCUUCGUCCUUGGGUGGGACCCCGAGGAGACAGGGCGUGAUUUUGCAGAUGUCAUGUCCAGGCGAUUCCAGGCUACCAACACCCUCUACGUGCAAUAUCGACUAGCCAGACCUGGGAGUUGCUUUCCUGCCGCUCUGCAGGACACACUGACGGCCUAUUCGUAUGUGCUGGAUCUUGGCGUGGCACCUGAGGAUAUCUUCCUAUCGGGAGGCUCGGCAGGUGGCAAUCUUGUCAUUGCCCUCCUCCGAUAUCUCGAAACGCAGCAGGCGAAGUUUCCAUUGCCCAGAGGUGUAAUGCUAUUUUCUCCCUGGGUGAAGGUGUCCCGUGAUGCCGGCCAGGAAUAUGAUCGUUCCGCAGCAUCGCAAGUCGACGUCCUAUACGGGCCUCUUCUAGACUGGGGUGUCAGGGCCUACAUGCCAACAGGAGACGUUUCACCCGAAGUCGGACCUUUCAUCUCUCCGUUGAACCAUCCAUUUCGGGCUAGGACGCCGAUCUUCAUACAGACUGGGACGGGUGAGGCCUUCUAUCCCACAAUAAGAAGUUUCGCAGAGGAAAUGACCGCAGUUGAGGGCAACUGCGUCAGGCUCCACAAAUCGGCGCUCGCACCCCACGAUAUUCUAAUGAGUCAGAAGAUCUUGGGCUUGGAGUUUCAACUCGAAGAUGCUCUGGAUGAUGCUCGGAACUUUUUUGACCAGGCUAAACUGGAGAGGAGUGGUAGGGAAGUUGGUGGAUAA